UUGACAUAACCGACACCGAAAUUCCUUCGUACAAAAUUCUGAAUGUAUUUCAGCCUGGCGAGUUCAGGAUGAUUCGCCGGAAAAAGAUCGAAGAUGCUCAAACGUAAAUCGGGAAGUCGCAGCGAAGAUGAUGUGCGAAGCCAGAAAUCCCAUUAUACCAAUGCUAGUAAAAUCGGCUCGGUUCCAUCCAGGAACCUGGAGCUUUCUUUGGAAGUGGAGCUGGAUGAUGAGGUUCGUAGUAUUAUAAGAAAUCCCGACAAAUGCGCAUCGGCCCUCCUAGACGUAACCGUCAUCAAGCCCAAGGGUUUGGAGGAUUACACCUCCAAUACUCAAACAUUGAGAACGGAGCAAGUGAAGAAGAUGAUUGGAUCCAUGCAGUUGAACCACGGCGACAAGAAACUCCUUAUGGAGAAGCUGUUUGGCAUGGGGAAUGGAGAAGUUGAUCGGAAGCCUGCCAAGCCCAAACGUGGAGCUUCUGCGAAGGAAACCCGCAAGAAAUCGUGUCUCUCUCCAAAAUCGAAGCACCUUUACAAGGACUCGCUGGUCUCCUUAGAACAGGGCGAUGUGCGCUGUGUCACUGAUGAGUCCAACUCUGCAGUUUUCUCAAUGUAUAAGCAGAAAAAACCUAAGAAAGCAGCUCAAGAAAUCCCCAAUUCCAAGUUACAGCACAUCUACACAACACCUCGCACCUACGAGAACCUGCGGACAAUGUUCGCUUGCCAGAAGAAUGAAGCCGAUCACGACAGCCUGAAGAUGGACGCGCCCUGUCUGUGUCAAAACUGUGCCAUUGUGGGCGUGCUGACGGAUUCGCAGAAGAAGCCGUUUGCAACUGAAGCGAUGCCUCAUCCAAAAGACGAAGAAGAGGCUCGCCUCAGGCGCGCUGCUAGGAAAAAAUCCGUGAGCUUCAAAAGCCUGAAGGAGCUGGCGUCUUCGCCUCACCAUCACGAUCAAUGCGAGGCGAUCUACAAAGUGCUUUCGACCAGAAUCAGCGAGCUGGAGAAGCGACUGAUGAUGCAAGAGCAACGGGCGGUUCCAAAGGAUUAUUUCAAAAAAAUCAUCACCAAGCUGGUCACGCACCUCUCCAAGCUCACUCACUACACAACAGAGGAGAAAACCUUGUCCCAACGCGACAAAGACUACCUGGCGCAGCACAGCCGGAUGAAAUCAGGCGCAAAGUCCAGCAAAUUUCACGUUAAUCCGGUUCUGGUGGGAAACUCCUUCAAGAUCCCGGCUGAAAAGGAGUACGAGCCGAAACCGUGCUCAUCCUCAGAACCCCCGCGCGGCCCCAGCGAAGUCCUGUGGAAAUGGGGCGAAGAAGUGCUGCUCUCUGGCAGAGACCUGAAGAACAAGGUGGUUUAUCUGUUGGAGGAAACGCUGCGAAACUUGAGGAAGGGAUUCGAGAAACCGCAAAGCAGCCAUCGGUGCGAGGAAGACAUUCAGUCCAUUGUGGAUGAACUGUCGAAAAAUCUGGCGGAAACUGUGAGGAUGAGCUCGGCCCGAAGCAGAGACGCCAGACGAUCCAGAAGCAAACACCAUGCGAAUAAUUUGUGCAAGCAACGGGCCGAGCACGACAGAAAAUCUGCAAAACCGUCGAUGAUUCCACGUUAUCACAACAAUAAAAGGCUCGGCCCCUCCAUCAAUGUGGCGUACAUCAAUCCACAGCUGACUAAAUGGCCUGAAGAGUCGUCAGUCUCUUUCAAGAUUGAUGCCAGUGACUAUGACUCGCAUAGAGAAACCAUGACUGAAGCCAGGAAAAAUCAAUACAAACGGGAGUUUUAUAAGGUGCUGGAAAGCACCAAAAGAGCCGAUCGAUUCAAGCUGUGGCAGAACAUCUGGAACCAGGCGGUUGAGAAUCGCCAAGGCAAGUCGGAUACGGUCUCGAUCCAGAUCCCAGACCCCAAGGACUUGCUGAGGCAGAAAAUGAUCCACUUGGAGUACACGAUCGGAGAGUUGGAGCAUCUGCUGCUGAAGGAUGACGCCCAAUGCUAAACUGGGACGUUGUUGGUGUCUUUCAAGUAAAGUGUGGCAACAAGCAA